UGUAGAGUGGAUGAUCAAUUAAUAUUUGGAGGUUAUUUAUAUGAACCUUGAGAGUCGUUGAACUACGAGUGAGGUACAUGUUGAAUGGAAUUAUAAAGUCCAUCAACUUACAAUUCUUUCAUCUGGAAAUUGCUAAUUGAAGAACAAAGGUUAUAAGUGGUGCGCUUCUUGAGUUGUCCGUUACACUAGCAGUUGUGACUAAAUGUAAUUAAACUUGAGGUACCAUGCAGACUGUAUUCAUGGUUGCUGAGAAACCAUCACUAGCUGAAUCAAUAGCGAAAUCCUUAUCUAAUAAGCGUAAUUCAAGUCGACGUGGAUUCAAUGGAGCAUGUUCUAUUCAUGAAUGGACUGGUCAAUUUAUGAGUGAACAAGUUCGCUUUAAAAUGACGUCAGUGUGUGGUCACGUAAUGAAUGUCGAUUUCUUAAGUCGUUAUAAUAGUUGGGAUAAAGUAGAUCCUGCUGAGCUGUUUGUUGCCCCGAUUGAGAAAAAGGAAGCUAACCCCAAAUUGAAAAUGGUGGAUUUUCUUCGCCACGAGGCGAAAAAUGCUGGUAUAUUAAUUCUUUGGCUGGAUUGUGACAAAGAGGGUGAAAAUAUCUGUUUUGAAGUUAUCAAUUGUGUUCAUUCAGUUAUGGUACACCCCAAAAGAAUUCUACGUGCACAUUUCAGUGCUGUUACUGACCAAGAACUACAUGGUGCUAUGAAAAAUCUUAGAGAACCUAAUAAACACGAAGCAUUGUCAGUAGAUGCUAGGCAAGAACUUGAUCUUCGAAUCGGUUGUGCGUUCACUAGGUUCCAAACGAAAUUUUUUCAGGGGAAGUAUGGUGAUCUAAACAGCAAUCUUGUGUCGUUUGGACCUUGUCAAACACCUACACUUGGAUUUUGUGUAAAACGACACGAUCAAAUCCAAUCAUUUAAACCAGAAACAUUUUGGCGGAUAAAGGUCUCAGGUGUAGAUGAUACAGGGGGUGUAUUAGAAAUGUCAUGGAAUCGUGAUCGUAUCUUUGAUAAAGAAGCUGCUUCAGUAUUUUUAGGUCGAGUCAAGUCUUCCAAAACAGCAGAAGUCGUCCAGGUAUCUGUCAAACAGAAAAUUAAACCACGUCCACAAGGUUUGAAUACAGUAGAAAUGUUACGAGUUGCCAGUGCUGGUUUAGGUAUUGGACCACAUAGUGCAAUGGCUAUUGCGGAACGAUUGUAUACAUCUGGUUACAUAAACUAUCCACGUACUGAGACAACAGCUUAUCCAAACACAUUUGAUUUACGUGGAUUACUACAGCAGCAGGUGAACAAUCCAGUUUGGGGAGAUCUAGCUCGUGAAAUUCUAAAAAGUGGGUUAACUCCACCUCGUGCUGGUCAUGAUGCAGGUGACCAUCCUCCUAUUGCUCCUAUGCGUUUUGCGUCUUCCCAAGAACUGGGACAUGAAGCCUAUCGAUUGUAUGAGUACAUUACACAACAUUUUAUCGCUACUAUUAUGCCCGAUUGUUGUUAUGAACAAACACAAGUGACCGUAUCCGUUGGUGAUGGUGAAUUGUUUACAAUAAGUGGAUUAAAAGUAGUUGACCCUGGUUUUACACGAAUAUUAACUUGGCAAGCAAUAGAAGAUAAAUCGUUGCCUAUAACACUUCUUAAUCAAGGCUAUCAAUUCAAUUUACUUGAAGAACCAAGUUUAGUUGAAGGACAAACUGGUCCACCAGACUAUUUAACUGAGGCUGAAUUAAUUACCGCUAUGGAACGUCAUGGGAUUGGAACUGAUGCAUCAAUCCCAACACAUAUAGAAAAUAUCGUUCAAAGAGGUUACGUUCAACUUCUUUCGGGGCGAAAACUGCAACCUACACCAUUAGGGAUUGUACUUGUUCAUGGUUAUCAAACAAUUGAUGCCGAACUUGUCCUACCACAUAUGCGUAGAGCUGUUGAAGAACAAUUAAAUCAUAUUGCUCGUGGUCAUGCUAAAUAUGAUUUAGUAUUACAAUUUGUUUUAGCUAUUUUCGCCGCAAAAUAUCGUUAUUUUGUUGAACAUAUCAAUGGUAUGGAUCAAUUGUUUGAAGUUUCAUUCACUACUCUAGCUAGUUCAGGUAAACCUUUAUCCAGAUGUGGAAAAUGUCAUCGAUACUUAAAGUUUAUAGAUUCUCGACCACAACGUCUUCAUUGUUCAAUUUGUAAUGAAACAUAUACAUUACCACAGAAUGGUACAAUUCGACCGUAUAAAACCGAAAAAUGUCCUUUAGAUAAAUUUGAACUACUAUGCUAUACUCAAGGCGGUAAAGGAAGAAAUAUGGUUUUUUGUCCAUAUUGUUUUUCUCAUCCACCAUUUGAAUCAAUGCCAAAAUUAUCCGGUUGUAAUAGAUGCCCUCAUCCAACAUGUCCACAAUCAAUGGAAUCAUUAGGAGUUGAUGCAUGUCCUGAUUGUCCAUAUGGUAUACUAGUUUUAGAUGAUUCUAAUGCACCAAAAUAUCGUUUAAAUUGUAAUAGAUGUCCAACAUUCCUGUCUAUUUCUGACGCUGUAAAAAGUAUGUCUGUCAAAAAUGUUAGCUGUUCAGUAUGUACAGCUAUGCAUCUUAACUUGAGAUUUGAUCCGGUAUGUACAAACUGUAUUUUUAGAAAAAAAUAUUUUAUCUGGUUUUACUCAUUUGUUUAACAUAAACACAACUCGAUAAUCUUAAAUCUCCCUUAAUUUAGAUAUAAUUUGUUGACUAGUCUCUCUUUGCCUUUUUGUGUAGUAUGUUUAAAAAGUACAUUAAUUCAUUAGCAACGUUUGUUGAGUCCAAUUGUUUAUACUAAUAAUUGGCUUAGAUAUUAGAAGAAAUGUAAGAUAUACGCUCGAAAAAAAAUUGUUCAAAAUAUGAAACAAAUUAUAAGUAUCGUCACAAGUUUAGCCGUGGUUGAUCAUAGCUGUUAGGCCUACUCAUCUGUGAAGUUGCACUAGUUUUGCUGAUAAUAAUUACUACAAAGAUAUUCUUAAGUGAGAACUUCUCGUAUGACUACUAUUGAUCUAUGGUAUUAUUGUAGUUAUAAAUUAUCAGGUUUCCGUAUUGCAUUUAACCUGCGAUUCGCAAUUUAAUAAUAGUUUUUUUUUUUCUACCAUUCGAGAAAGAGCAACUAGACGAAAGUUCAACAAAUAAUCAUGGACGGUUUUUUUUUAAAUUUAAAAUACAUGUCCGCUCUAGUUGCUAAGAUGAUAUCAACGGGCAAUAUAUAUAUAUAUAUAUACUUUGGUACCGAUUACCCUUCUUUUGCUUAUUGUAAAAAUCUCACAGUUACUGUUACUGUCUGAACGAUAGUUGAAAUAAAAGUGUGUAUUUCAGUCAACUGAAAUUGGACUAAGCUGAGUAAGAUACUUGUGUGAUAAAUUUCAUUAAAUAAGAAAAAUAUCGCUGCUAUUUUACUAGGCCUAUGUAUGCUGAGCCUGAAUAGAUAAUUGCAUAGGUACUAAAUUUCAUCAUGUAAUAAAUUGAACUGAUAAUAUGAUUGUCAUCAUUUCAAAUACUCCUAUUUUGUUUCCAGGGUAAAGUCCCUAAUUCAAGCGAAGAUAAUUCUGAAAAAAUUAGCACUACAUUCUCUGGAUGUGCAUUCUGUACAGAAUCAUUAUGUUCAUUAUUCACUAUUGUAAGAAAAAAGGAAGCACCGAAUAAUCCUACUGUCAAUUUACGUGGUUCACGCCAUCAUUCUGGAACCCAUCAACGAGGUGGUCGACGAGGGCGGAGUUUUCGAUGAAAUUUACAGACUAUGAACUAUAUUGAUGUCUGCUAACUGAUACUUAUGAACGUAAUUCGUGUACAUUGAUAGUUGUGAUCAUAUUACACUGUACAUAGUUAUCGUCUUUGUUAAUAUAAAUAUAUACAUAUACUAAAGCAGUUAAUAAUUUUAAUAUUGUAAAAAGAACAGAUGUAAAUAAGCUGUCAAGAUACAUUCAGAAGCUGAUAUAAAUAAACAAGCUAAAUAGUCUAUGCCUACACCUCUAAAGUUCAUUUAAAUUCCGAAUAACUUCUCAAACCUAAUUUAUUAACCACAUAAAUGAAUUAUUUUUUAUACUAGUUUUAUGUUUAAAAUACACAACUGGGAACCUUUAUGAGAAAAUGAGUUUUUAGUGACAAAACCUUAUUUCCAUAAUUGUUAAUUGAUUAUUUUUUCAUUUGUACUUCGGGUUAUAUAUUUAUAAUCCCUGGUUUUCAGCAUACCACUUUUAACCAAAAACAUCUUGAUGUUAUACAUCACAAAGACUAUCCCGUUAAAUUAUUGUUAUUAAAAGCAUAAAAUUUGUACUGUCAAUUUGUAGAUUACUUGAUUGAUCCACAUUAAAUUGCGCAGUUACCAAACAUUCAC